AUGCGAACAAGAGCUCGGCCUCACCAUCGUCUUGAUUCUGGUCAACGACACUGGAUUUCACCAUUGCUUGACGAGAAUCCAAGUUUCCAAUUUGACUCUCUAAGAGAUCACACAGUGGAGUAUGGUAGACAGCGACAUGCCUUCAGCCAACGAAGCAGUUUCUUGGGCUUUGAGAUGGACACAGAAUUGGUCUGGAACAACUGGGACCUGGGGAAAGAGUUCACCAAGACUUUAAUAAUAAGGAACACACAGCCAGUCCUGCAAAGAUUAUCAUUUAGGCCUCCACUCUCCAAGUAUUUUACAUCGUUGACUCGUCAGACAAUUGUUCUCAGACCAGGAACUUCGUUCCCAAUCCCAGUAACAUUUAAGCCACUUAAUAAGUGUGACUAUGAAGAUACCAUUGAGCUUCAAGACAGAAAUGAUAGCUUUCACGUCCUGCUCAGAGCCCCAGCACCUUGCCCCAACAUUGAAGUGCCAGAGUCUGUGCUGAUGCCACUUUGUGCUGUUCAAUACGCUACCCAGACCACUUUUAUGUUUAAAAAUGUCAGUAAGCUUACCUUAUUCUUCCAUUGGGAGUAUUCACCACCAUUCAUGCUGAGUCCAGACGAAGGCUAUUUAAAGCCAGGCCAAGGACUUAACAUCAGUGUGAUGUUCCAACCUCAAGAAGCUCUGGUCCACCAGCAGCAUGUUUCCUGCAGGUUUGGGACUCAGGCAGACAAUUUAGAGGGCUGCAGCACUGUUCUCCUUAAAGGAACAGCCAAGCACCCGUAUCUUGAAUUCAAAACUCACACUCACAAUAAGGGAAAUGACCAUGUACCAGUGUUGGAUUUUGGUGGUGUUGCAGUUGGACAGACUUUGCAUAGCCACUUUGAGAUUUAUAACCCUUCUCCUGUUCCUGUCUGGUGCACUCUUUCCCGAUUGCCUGGUGGUAUACCCCUAUUAGGCUCUGUUUUUGGGUGCGAUUUGACCCGUGCAGAGGUAGCUCCUGGGGCAACACUAAAGGCUAAGGCCAGCUUUACUCCCACUACAGUUAAUAGCACCUCAGUGGAGUAUUUAUCAUUAUUAUACAGAGGAGCUAUCAAUACAAGUCUUUUGAAACUCACUGGAAACUGUAUAGGUCCCCAAGUAUUGCUGUCCUCCUCUGAGGUGGACUUUGGUGUUGUUGAACCAGGACAGGCAGUGACACAUGCAGUGGAGCUGGUUAAUUCCUCUUCGGCCAAAGCUGUUUUUCAGUGGGAUAUUGACUGCAGUGGCCACAGUGUGUUUUCUAUCCAGCCAGCAGGGGGCACUGUAGACCCACAUAGCCACACCACCCUGCAUGUUACGUAUAAACCUACACAACCUAUUCUUCACUACAGGAGAGUGGCCUGUCUGAUCCUACACAGAGAGCCGGUAUUCCUUAACCUUGUUGGUAACUGUCACUCUGAGAAGCCAUUCAAACAGCUACUAUUGGAAUCCAGCAGCAUCCAUGAGACCGAAGAACAAGACAGUGGUGCGUGUGCGGCUGUGACUCCAAUGUCCGAGUAUUUUCUGUUAUGCAUUGAUAGCAAAUAUGCACUCUCCCCACCUCCUCCUCUUCUGUCUGUUGCACCAAAUGAGCUUGUCUUUAACCAGCAACUCUUCACUCUACCACAAAAUCUAACUUCUCAAAAGUCCAUGACUGUUACCAACCACAGCAAAGUAAAAUUCAGAUUAGAGUGGACACUUGCUCCAGAUUUGUCCUUCUCUGUUUCUCCUCCGUUUUGUGAGCUUCCACCAUUAAAGUCGACCUCCUUCAGAGUGAUCUAUUGUCCAAAACAACUCAACUCUUGGCAUGGAGCUCAACUAGAGUGUUUUGCAUACCCCAUGGACAAUGAUCAGUGCAAUGGAAGUCUGCUGCCCUCCUGUCUGACUGUGAGAGCCAUUGGUCAUUCAUAUGAACCAGAUAAAAAGCUCAGUGUACCACAAUGUUCCCUUGGGCCCCGCCUAGUGGAAUUCCCACCAGUAAACAUUGCCUCUUACCGCUCAGUCGUCCUCCAAAAUAAAGGCAACCUCCCCCUUACCUUCCUCUUAAACCGAGAGCAUGAUCAGAAGUUGGCUGAAGCCGCCUCUUUAGUGGUGGUCCCCAGCUGUGGUCUGAUCCCACCACACUCUCAUCAGAUCCUCUCGCUCAGAUCCAUCCCCACUGAAGACAGCCCCAGAGAAGGCUUCAGUGUGCAACUGGAUUUAAACGCUUCAAAAUGCACAGAGAAUAUACAUUAUUCUUGUGACUUCAAGAAACUUGAAAUAAUUAGCAAAUCCGAGCUACCUUGUGUAUCCCUUGAAGGUGAAGGAAAAUUGCAUUUUCACCCCACUGCUGUUAACUCUAUGACACAACGCCGCCACCAUAUCAGAAACCUCAGUCGUCAAGCUCUACGGUUUCAAUGGAGGAUUCCAGAGCAGAAGCGAGGACUUAUCUCUGUUGAGCCAGAUGCCGGUGUGCUACAUCCCAAUGAGAGCUUGGUUUACGUGUGGACCUUCACUCCAUUAGAAGAGAAAAGAUACACACUGAAGCCGAGCCUUAGCAUUUGUCCAGAGCAGUUUCCAGACUAUGACAACUUACAUCUCCCCCUUGAAGUGACUGGGGUAGGCUGCAUUGGUUACAUACAGGCAAAAGAAGCAGUGGUAAAAGUGAAAGACAUUCUGGUUGGAGGAUGCAAAACAAUUAGCAUCCCUGUGAUAAACAAAAGUCCAUGCACUGUCUCCUUCUGUGUCACAGUGGAACAAAAACUUUUGGAUAAAGGAAUUGUAUCCAACCCGAAUACUGAUCAAUGUGCCCUACAGGUCCAUAAUGAAAGGGUGACGAUUACCUCAACAUCCACAGCCCUACUUCAGUCAACGAUCACACCACAUCAAAAAGCCCAAUAUAUAUGGACUAUCAGCUACCACACAAUAAAUGCCAAUGGAUCAUUGUCAUCCGCCAAAUUACUGUGCGAAGUUCAUGCCAAGGGUGUGUAUCCAACAUUGCAAAUUAGUGACGUCUGUGGAAGAGGCAGUUUGUCUCAGUUCAGUAAGAAGCACUUAUGGAGUCUCUUGUCACUGAACCAUCUGAAUGAGUCUCUACAGUACAGCCCCUGUCAAGCCGAACUGACCUAUCCCACUCCUACCAGGCACAGCCUGUAUCGCACUCCCUCCGUCUUUACCAAAGCUGUUGUGGAUUUUAGCUUCAGUGCUUCCAUUUUACAUUCAGAACCCUCAACUGUUAUGUUAAUGCUCUAUAACCCUGGCACCAUCCCCGUUGAGUGGGCCUUCUUGUUCCCAGACGACCAACAGCUCAACCUGGAGUUCUGGGCGGAAACAGGGGAGUUUAGCAGCACAGAGCUUUACCAGAUGAAGGUUCAAGACAACCACGUGUUCAGUGUUACACCGCGCUCUGGACGACUGAUGGCUGGCCAGCAGAGGGCAGUAAACUUUACUUACAGCCAUGACUUUCCUGGAACAGACUGGUUUCCUGUCGUUCUUAAAAUAUCUUAUGGGAGAGAGAUCAUGCUUACCUUUCAGGGCAUAACAGUGGAAGUGGAAAGACCAUAUCUUCAUUUUGCCUCCAAUACACAUGUCUUUGUUUCUGUUGCAAUUGGAAACCACAACCCUCCCAAACAGAUGUAUCAGCUGUAUAACCGGGGAGCAGUACCGGUGCACUAUGAAGUGGAUAAAGCAGUAUUUUCACAGAUCCAGGAGGAAAACUUUAACCACCUGGUGCUGCGCUGUCUCAACCCAGAUGGAGAGAUCCCACCUGGGGAGACAGCCACGUUGGAGUGGGUCUUCUCUCCGCUGGAAGCUAAACUGUACCAGAUGGAUAUCCCUAUUCAUGUCCUAAAUGGAGAAUCUACUAUAGUCAGGUUUGAAGGGUGUGGAAUAAAUUCUUUAACUGAGAAUCCAUCAAACUCAAAUGACUGCACAGAUGUUCCUCUUUUACCCUGCUGGCAGAAGGAACCUUUUCCUGAGCAACCAAUAACUCUGUCCGUGGACAGCGUUGAUUUUGGUGAUGUUGUAGUCUCCUCCAAAUCGUCAAGAAUGCUCUUCUUCACCAACAACUCCCAUGACAGAGUUAUCUUUGAGUGGGUCUUACCUACACAAAACAACCAAUCACAGGUGCUGGAGCUUACUCCAAACAGAGGAAAUUUAUCCCCAGGUGAAACAGGUCAUUUGGUUCUUAACCUAUUUGCCACAGAGUAUCCCAUUUAUUACCAGUUUGAUAUCAUCUGUAAGAUCACUUCUGAAACAGCCCUCAGCCAGUAUUAUUACGCAGUGCAAAAAAUGGAGGAAGAGAAAGAAAGACUUAAACAUGAAUUCAUCAUCACAGAUAAACCCCCAAAGGAAAAUAAAGUGGUUCUGACUGAAAAGAAAGCCGAAGCUCUUGCAUUACGACAGCAAGCUAAAUAUACGACUCUCCCUCCUAUCCGUGGCAGUAAUGUUGGUAAUACAGUCCAAUCUUUAAGCACAAAGGUUUCCAGAGCAGAACGAAGGGCACUGAGGGAGUUAGCCAAGGUUCAGAAAGACCCUGAGCCUCCAAAACCAUGUGUGCUCCAUCUGUGGGUGACUGCAAAAUCCUACGGACAUCUGGAGUUUCUUACACAUUCACCUGAUCAACUCGAGCAUCAAUACAGACCCAACCAAAUAUAUCGAAAGACCAAAACCCAGAUUAUUAACAAAGAGGAAUCAUCAACUGCACAAGAAAUAAUGAGAGACAUCAGCUUUCAUGUGGUCACUUCACUGCUCAGAGAUAUUCUUGAAGAUAUAGCAAUUCUUGAUGACCUGGCAUCCAUUCCUGAUACAUACUAUAACCUCCCAGAAACCCCGUCCGUACAUUCCUCAGACAAACCUGAGUCUUCAGAUCAAUCAAAGCCGCAGAAAGCUGAUGAAGAAACUUCCCAUAUUUCAGUUUCUAGUACUAUGAAAGUGCAGAGAGUCCGACCCGAGCUAGCCGACCUGACAGAGGAGGUGUUACUGUGUACUCUGCAGAAUCUGAUGUUGGAAAUCAUCAGAGGAGAGCUGGACCCCACAGUGUACCCCCGAGCGGUCAUACUGCCAUCAUCUGCAAGGAGACACAAUGAAGCACAUUAA